GCAGUGCAAGUGUCAGCAUGUAUGAUCGAUCAUACGCAAGAGUUGACGAACAACUGAGAAACAUCCAUUACAAGAACGAUAUACAGUACGCGCUACAAAUAUCCGAAUGGCUAUUGAAACUAAUCGGAAUGUGGCCUUUCGUUAACAGUCACGCUACAAAUAAACUGGGACAGCUCGUUUCGGUUAUUUUGAUAAGCACGUGCUUCUCUAGUAUACUCUUCAUCAUCUUACCGACUCUUCAUCAUAUCUUCUUCGUGGAGAAAAAUACGUACAUGAAAGUGAAAAUGAUCGGCCCAGUUAGUUUCGGUUUCUCGUCUGCGAUCAAGUACUGCUACCUUGGCACGAAGGGGCAUUUCUUCCAACGAUGUAUCCAGCACGUGAGAAAGGAUUGGAAAACGGUGCACGAUCCAAAUUACCGAACGAUCAUGCUGAAAUACGCGGCGAUCAAUAGAAAGUUCAUCACGGUAUGCGCGGCUUUCUUAUACAGCGGUGCACUGUUGUAUUACACGGUGAUGCAAUUUCUGUCGAAGGGAAAUAAUGGGAAAAAUAACACGUUCAGACCGCUGGCAUAUCCUGGCUCUGAUGCGUUCUUGGAUUCUCAGUCUAGUCCUACGUACGAAAUCGUGUUUUCUAUUCACUGCAUCACGGGGAUAAUCAUGUGCAGUAUCACGAUACUUACGUACAGUUUAGCUGCGACAUUUGUUACGCACGUUUGUGGACAAAUUCAGAUACAAAUAACAAGACUGCAAGAUUUGGUAAACAGUAAAAAGAGGAAUGACGGUGGACGUGAUCCUCUCUCUGUUAUCGUAUACGAUCAUGUGAAAACUUUAAGUUUCUGUGUCUCGUCUGCGAUCAAGUACUGCUACCUUGGUACUAAAGGACACUUCUUCCAACGAUGUAUCCAGCACGUCAGGAAGGACUGGAAAACGGUUCACGAUCCAAAUUACCGAACGAUCAUGCUGAAAUACGCGGCGAUUAGCAGGAAGCUAAUCACGGUAUGCGCGGCUUUCUUAUACAGCGGUGGAAUGUCGUAUCACACGGUAAUGCAGUUUCUGUCUAAGGGGGGUGAAGAGGAAAAUAACACGUACAGACAACUGGCUUAUCCUGGCUACGAUUCGUUCUUGGAUUCACAGUCCACUCCUACGUAUGAAAUCGUGUUUUCUAUUCACUGUAUCACGGCAAUAAUCAUGUACAGCACGGCGACGGCUGCGUACAGUUUGGCGGCGAUCUUUGUUACCCACAUUUGUGGACAGAUUCAGAUACAGAUAGCAAGGCUGCACAAUUUGGUGAAGAGCAAACAGAAGAAAGAUGUCCGGCCUGAUCCUCUAUCCGUCAUCGUACACGAUCAUGCGGAAAUUUUAAGAUUUUCGAAAAAUGUAGAAGAUGCGUUGCGAGAAGUGUGUUUCGCACAAAUCGUCGAGUCAACGAUGAACAUGUGUUUGCUCGAGUAUUAUUGCAUAAUGGCAUGGCGGAACAACGACGUAGUCACGGCAAUGACCUGUGCUACUUUGUUGAUCUCCUACACAUUUAAUAUAUUUGUAUUCUGCUACGUAGGCGAACUUCUCUCUGAUCAGUGCAGACAAAUCGGUGAAUAUUCCUACAAGAUCGGGUGGUAUAACUUGCCAGCUAAAAACGCUUACGAUCUUAUUCUGUUGAUCUCCGUAUCCCAGUAUCCACCAAAACUUACAGCUGGAAAAAUAAUCGACUUAUCUUUCGACACUUUCAGCUCUGUAACAAAAACGUCGCUAGUUUAUUUGAAUUUACUUCAAACACUUACAGACUGGUAAUAAUUCAUAUGUUCUUUUCUAUACU